GCGUCCUUCGUUUACUCGCGACGUAGACAUCCUUUCUCGAUUCUUCUUCAUUCGGCGUGCUUCAGCAUAUCUCGAUCGUGAAACCGACGAGGAAUAGGCUUGACGUCGAUGGUGGACUCUUAACAUACGCCUCUUUAGAUCAGCGAAGACUAUCUUAGAAAGUUUUCAAUAAUGUCAGAACUUACAACGAACGACAGAUAUAGUUUUGAUAGCAUGAGCGCCGGUAGAUUGCCAACACAGAAUGUUACGCUCCCAAAGUUUCAACCGGUACGUCUCAAAGCACUUCUGCAAAGUGAUGAGGAGGACGAUGACGAUGAUGAGAGUGAAGAAAAGCCCCGUCAAUCCGAGGACGACGAGUCGGAUUUCGACGAGCCUUUGUUACUAGAUAAUUCUACUGAAAAUGUUCUGGAGGAAACAGUUUUACCUAAAACGGGCAUCAAUUCCUCGAUUGAGCUAACGGACGGAGUCUUGAAAACUGCGUGUAUACUGUUAAAAGAGAAUCAUGAAAUUGUAACUAGUACUCCUUCUGUUCGGAGAGAAACAACCCUUGGAAUCAAUAGUGAACAAUGUAAAGCUAGCGAUGUAAAUUUCGAAAAGCAUGUGCCAGUUACACCAGUCAAUGAUUCAAAUAAACUGGAGAUUUACAACUCUAAUAAGCAAGAGGAACAAACACAGGAAUCUCACAGUGGAAUGUUUACUUCGAGAAAUCAAACAGAUACUAAUCAUAAUCACUCGAUGAAUGUAGCUUUGGUUCCGUCAUCGCUAUCGGUUUAUAAAGGCGAUUAUAAUGCAAAAUUAGAUGCAAAUAAAAAUCAGGAACCAGUCAAUAGCAAUCAUUCACAUUACGAGAAAAAUUAUAUAUCAGAUAUAUUGAAUAAGAAGAAAGAAGGAUCUAUGUACAGUGUAUCAGAGAAUAAGGUAUUGUUAACAAAGACUAGCGAGUUAAAUGUAAGCAAAGAUGACCAACGACACAAAGGUAACUUUAUCGAGCAGGCGAAUAGGGAUUGCGAGGAAGAGUCUUACAAGAUUUCAAACACUCUGUUGGAAUCCGCCCCUUGUAUAUCUCAAACAUUCGAAAACUUGGUGUAUCCUGUAAGAUGUAACUCACAAAAGAAUGUCAUGAGAUAUGAAGCGAGUGAAAACUACACACCAGCGAAGAGUACGUGCUCGGGGUACAGCACACCUUCGCUGAACGAAAUGGGCAGGUCAGUGACAACGAUUAAUCGCCUGAUCUCAGAAACUCCAUUGAAGCAUGGACAAGUCAACGUACAUCCGAGUACGAGCACGUCGCACAAGCAACUGUUUCAAACCCCACAGAGCAAACUGUCUGACGAUCCGAGCAAGAAUCCUGUACAGACACCUUCAACGAUAUUUUCCAGUUGGUAUUGUAAUGUGAGGCAAACACCAAUGGAAGGAAAGAAUUUUGUCGCAAGGGAUCAUGUGCAAGUGUCCAAGAAUGCAAUUUGUACACCUAUUGUGGAAAAACCAGAUUCUUCAAGAUACUUGGGAAUGGAUAUCAAAAACACAAGGCGGCCUUUAACGGAUGCUACAUUAACACAUAGUGAUUCCUUGACUCAUCCUCUAGAAUCGAAGCCGCUUUCGUUGCACACACGUUCGGAGGUAAAGAGUGUCACAUCUGAAUCACAACAAGAGGAUAGAAAUAGAAAGAUUACUGUUGGACUAUCGGAUGUAAAAUUAAUGCAAACUCAAACAAAUUACGAUAGUAGUAAGUAUUACAACGGUGAUCCGAAAUCGGCGAAACCUGUCGAGGAAUUUAAGGAAAACAAACAGUCUAAUGCACUGGGAAAUAGUGUAAAAACUGCGCAAAAUAAAAAAGAAGGAAAAAUAAUGAAUGAUUUUAAUACGGAUAUAAAGUUAACACAGAAUUCUAAAAAGUACAACAUAGAUCAUAACGUCCCGAACGCGGACCGCAAGAACCUGCCUGAUUUGUUCCACGAAAAGCAGUACAAGGAACUGCAACAAAUAGAUAAGAUUGCAAACGUACAGUUUUCCGUACCGUCAAGCAUUCCUUCGCAACGGCAAGGAAAAACGUUAAUCGUGAAGGAUAAAGAGUACUUGAUCCUGGGCUCCCUCGGCCGGGGAAUGAGCGGCGAGGUUCUGCGAGUGCAGGAUCUAUCAUGUGGCGAGUUACGCGCUAUCAAGUGCGUCGAUUUGAGCAAAAUGGACAAAGACUCGGCUCAGGGCUGUUUGGACGAAAUCUCCAUGUUACACAAGUUACAGGCACCCUGUGUUGUGAAAAUGUUUGAUUAUCAAAUUAAAGACUCUAUGGUUUAUGUGGUGAUGGAAAUGGGCGAUACCGAUCUCAGUCGACUUUUGAAAUCCAUGUCCCAGGAGAAGCAAAUUUCUAUCACGAUGAUUCUGUAUUACUGGACUGAAAUGCUCACGGCUGUUAAACACAUACACGAUAAUGGAGUCAUACAUUCAGACUUGAAACCAGGAAAUUUUUUACUUGUACGAGGCCGACUUAAAUUAAUAGAUUUUGGAAUCGCUUCUAGCAUAAAUUCAGAUAUGACAUCCGUUGUAAAAAAUAACCCGAUUGGGACGUUAAAUUACAUUAGUCCAGAAGCUUUAAUGGACAUUGGUGGAAAUUCGGAUUCGCCUACGCACAAUGUUAAAUAUAAGAUAAGUUUUAAAUCAGACGUAUGGUCACUGGGAUGUAUCUUGUACAGUUUAGUGUACGGGUACACGCCUUUCCAUCAUGUACGUUCUCAGUGGGCAAAAGUGAACGCUAUAACUAAUCCGAAACCGAAUAUUUCGUUCCCAUCUACGGCAAACGGCGAGAAUCAUCAAGGCUGUGAACGUGCACCGCCUAUUCUGAUUGACGUGAUGCGAAAGUGUCUUCAGCAUGAUCCAAAAGCAAGACCGACGGUGUCACAAUUGUUGCAGGUGCAAUAUGUGCCUAUUACACCGAGUAUCGCACCAACUUCGGUGUCUUCCGACAUCCCAGCAAAUAUUCUAGUAAAAAUAAAGCAUGCUUUGAACGAGGACGAAUGGCGGCUGUUGGUCCAGAUGUUGGACACAAAGCGACAUUAUACAUAAUGGUAUUGUAAUAAUAAUAACUUAUCUAUUAGCUGAUGUACAUAAAAGCGUUUGUAUAUACAUAAGACAAUAUGCAAUGAGGCGCAAAUAUACAGAAUUGUGACAUAUCAAAGAAGGCUAAUGACGAAAAUAAUAUACAUAUAUAUAUAUAUAGAAAAAGAGAAAUGUAUAAGAUCUUAAAUAGAUAAUUAAAAUUGAACUAAGCAAUUGAACUAUGCUUACCUAUGUGUUGUAAACACGAAUUAUCAGCUGCGCUACACAUCGUAAAAGUGAAUUAAAAUUAUCUGUUAAAUGAAAA